CCGGAAGCACAUGGUGGCGCGCUGCUGCUCGUGUUGUUGUUUUCUGUGACAUGUAACUAGUCCGUAUUCGCCCUUUUUAUUUCAGUAUUAGCAACUUUUAUAUAUUCACCUGUGUAAAGAACGACCAGAGGAUGGCAGCAGCAUUGGCAACGCCGAUUACCCCGGUGGAGCACGACCCCAGCCGGUGUGUGGGAGAGAAGGAGAGCCGCGGGGCGGCUGUGGCGGAGGACGGCAGUCCGCGGCAGAAAGGCCCCGCUGCCGCCGCAGCCGGGCACCACAGCCGCCUCUCCAAGCUCCCGCUGGCCCGCAUCAAAGCUCUGAUGAAGACCGACCCAGACGUGUCCCUCGCCAGCCAGGAGUCGGUGUUCAUCAUCGCUAAAGCCACGGAAUUGUUUGUUGAGAUGAUUGCCAAAGAUGCUCUAGUGUACGCCCAGCAAGGGAAGAGGAAAACAUUGCAACGAAGAGACUUAGAUAAUGCAAUCGAGGCCAUCGAUGAGUUCGCUUUUCUUGAAGGCACACUGGAUUAAAGACUGCUUCAACAGACCAAUCGCAACAUUGAAUACCUGCCUCUAUUCAGAACAGUUCUUCAUUAUAGGAUUUCAAGACACUGUGGGAAACCGUCCAUUACUUUUCCUAGACAAACUCACAAAUCGGAUGGUUUAAUCCCUUUUAUACUUUUGUUAAAGCUUUUAAGAUUUUUCAGGCCCAGUUGUAACAACACAGAUGAUGUACAAAUGUUUGUAAAUAUUUGUGAAAUGCUACUGUAAAAUCAAAUAAAUGUAU